AUGCAGACACAUCCUCUGCCCAACGCCAGACUUCCCUAUGCCCACGUUACUGGUGUGGUGCUGGAGGGGCUCAGAACCUGCCGGCCCCAGUGUUCUGAGCAGUUGCUGGGGGUUGUCGCCUCCUCACCUGCUGGUAGACUCUUCCUCCACAGGCCAUCAUGGAGCAGUAGCACAUUUCCAAGACGCUCAUCUAGGACACACCUGCCCAGGGGUUUUGGCUCCAUAGAAAAAGCUCUUCCUCUGGACGUGAUGGAACAUACACAGUCUUUGCCAGCAGUUGGGGAUGAAACUAAGAGGCAGUUGCCAGCACUGGAAAACGUCCCUCAGCACACACUGAUUGCAGCAUUGAAGGCAAAUAUUAGGAUGGGUGAACAAGGAUUAGGUCUCAUAAUCAUACAGAAUGGGCCAUAUCUCCAGAUAACAAGCCUUGUUGAGAAAAGCUCUGCAGCUAACGAUGGAAAGCUAAAACCAGGUGAUGUUCUAAUAAAAAUUGGACAUGCUAACGUUUUAGGAUGGACUCUGCGAGAGCUUAGGCAACUCCUACACAAUAUUCCUAUAGGAACUACUCUACAAAUCAGAGUUUACAGAGAUUUUGUUGAAGUACCUCAACACUGGCAAAGCGCAGUUGAAUUCAUUCCUGAAGUAAAGCUUCCUGUGAUGAUAGCAGACACAAGUGAAGAUGCUGAGGAUGAAGAUGACACGAGCUCCAGUAGUGAUGAUGACAUAGACUUGGAAAAUUUUCAGUAUAAAUCUUCCCAGUCAUACUGUUGUGAGUUCACUCGUAAGUUACCAUCAAUAUCCAAAAUUUGGCAGAUAUCUGAUACAGGCCAGACACUUAGAGUAGGCACAGACAAUGUUUGUGAUGCUGUACUUCAUAAUGAUGUUGACGCAUUGUGCAGUCCUAAGUUUGAUGCUAGUGGUGUUAGACCUCCUUCAUACCUGCCUAUGGAAAACAAUGAGAACAGUUCCUCUUCCUCCUGCCCUUCUGUAUCAGAUACAUCUAUCUGGAAGAAUUUGCCUUUGUUUCAGAAUAGCUCAAAACUUGACUUCUUCAAAAUCUAUAUUUCUGAAGUUGUAUUGUAUCUGUUUUCUUCUAAUACAUGCCUAGACUUCCAAAAAAUCUAA